AUGAUCCUCAUGAACCUCACGAAACCGGUUCAGCAUGCGCGGGAAUGGAUCCACACCUCGCUGCAAUACAACCAGGACCACGACGUGAACACGUUCGAGACCACCAUCCGCAUGCUGGGCGGACUGUUAUCCGCACACUAUUUGUCAACCAAACACCCAGAACUGGCGCAAAUCACCGAUGACGACGUCGGCGCUCCAGGCGAAGACCUGUAUAUCGAGAAAGCCACUGACCUGGCUGAUCGCAUAAUGAGCGCUUUUGAUACCAACUCUGGGAUUCCGUUGGCGAGUGUGAAUCUUAACAAAUCAGAAGGUAUUCCCGCGCACAGCGGCGGUGGCGCCUCCUCGACUGCCGAGGCGACGACGGUGCAGCUCGAGUUCAAAUAUUUGGCCAAGUUGACCGGAGAGUCGGAAUAUUGGACCAUUGUGGAGAAGGUGAUGGAGGUCAUGGAUGAGCUGCAGCCGCAGGACGGUCUCGUUCCGAUCUUCAUCAGUCCCGAAUCCGGAAAAUUCAAGGGAAAUGAAAUUCGCCUGGGCAGUCGAGGAGACUCCUACUACGAAUAUCUCAUCAAGCAGUAUUUGCAAACCUCCGAGCAAGAACCAGUGUACAAGGAGAUGUGGGAUGAGUCUCUACGCGGGAUCCGAAAACAUCUGCUUACAUUUACCCAAAAAGCCCGGCUGAUGAUGGUCGCCGAGCUGCCCUCGGGUAUUGGAGGUAAACUCCAUCCCAAGAUGGACCACUUGGUCUGCUUCUUACCGGGAACCAUCGCGCUCGGUGCCACGGGUGGCCAACCGCUGUCAGAAGCAAGAAAGUCAUCAAGCUGGACCCAGCAGAACGAGGAAGAGGUUCUGAUCUCCCGAGAGCUAAUGAAGACCUGCUGGGCGACAUAUUUAGCCACGGCAACCGGGCUGGCGGGCGAGAUUACGUAUUUCCAGCUGGACAAUGAGCCCGUGAUGAUGGCGGACAAAUACCCCGACCCUCUUGCGUCGAGCAAUGCUGGAUCCACGCCCAAGGAACUGAAGAGCAUCUCUGGUCCGUUGACGCGGUCCGACAGCGAUCCCUGGCGCAGUGAUUUGAGCAUCCACACCGCAGACCGCCACAACCUCCAGCGGCCUGAAACAGUCGAGUCCCUCUUUUACAUGUACCGCGUCACCGGCGAUGAAAUCUACCGCGAAUGGGGAUGGGAGAUGUUCGUCGCAUUCGUGCGCCACACCGCCGUGCUGGAGGAGGUGUAUGACGAGGAGGGCCAGGCCCAGAAACGCAUUAAGGGAUUCACAUCUUUAUCCAACGCCGAUACGAUCCCUGCCGUCACGCGCGAUAACAUGGAGAGCUUCUGGAUGGCUGAAAGCCUCAAGUAUUUCUACCUACUGUUUUCGGACCGCGACUUUAUUUCCCUUGAGGAGCAUGUCUUCAACACCGAGGCCCACCCAUUCCCGCGCUUCAAGCCUUCGGGUGAUCUUAAGACGGGAUGGACGCGGAAGCCUCGCUCUGAUCCUAGUUCUGGGUCCAAGCCCGAGUCUCCGUAG